CGCCCAUUUCUUGCUCCCUCGCCUACUACCACCUCCCCUUCUUCCCACCUUCAUCACACUCCUCCUCCUCUACCAACUACCACCACCAACCACCUCACCACACAAACACUGCCUCCCCCCCCGAGAAGAAGCCCUUCCAUCAACCAUCAUCCAGAUAUCAUGGCGCCCCGCAAAGACAAACCAGAUGAGCCUCUGCCAACGCCUGCUGCCACCGCAAUUCCACAAACUGUCUCUAUCCAGGAAUUCAUCACCACUCGCGAUCGUGUCGUCAACGGUCUCAGCUCCCUCCAAGUCGCCAUCGCCAGUCUCCUCAAUGCCUAUCUCGAGCAUUGCAAGCUCGUCGCCGGCGAUGCCUACCCCAAUCCUCAGUUUGACGCCAACAUGUUUGGCAACCCGCUCGGCCAACAGCCACUGAUCGAUACUACCGGCCUCACCAAGGGCGGCAAGAAGAAGAAGGAGAAGAAGAUUAGAGAUCCUCUCGCGCCCAAGCGUCCUCUCACCGCCGCCUUUCUCUUCAGCAUGAAGGCGCGUCCAAUUGUCAAGGGUGAUCUUGAGAAGAACCUUGUGGCUGGUGAGAAGCUUGGCCCAAACGCCGUCAACGAAGAGGUCACUCGUCGCUGGAAUGAGCUUCCGGAAGAACAGAAGGAGAUGUGGAGAAUCGAGUACCGCAAAAACCUCGUCACCUACAAGGAAGAUGUCGAAAAGUACAAUGCCACCAAGGCGGCCAUUGGCGAGGACGCCGAUGCCGAUGCCGUCGCUGACGACGACAUCAUCGCUGCCGACUUUGACGCCGACUCUGACGCCGAGGGCGAUGAAGACGAUGCCCCAGAGCCCAUGCCAAUCGUCCCUCAGUCUGCCGGCAAGGCGGGUGCCAAACGGCGCAAGACUGGCAAGGAGAACGGUGUGAUUGUGCCGAGUCCUGCUGCUGCUAUCGAGGCAAGAAGGCUGCUGCUGCUGCUCCUCCCAAAUCAGACAGCCCCGUCGCCACAAAGAGCCGAGCCAAGAAGGGCGCCAAAGCCGACGAGAAGCCAGAGACGCCUGCUGCCGGUGGAAAGCGCAAGCGCAAAGCCGCAGAGGCGUGAGCGUGUGCGCGCGCACGUGUAGAUGAGAUGGCGUACGGGCUGUUGUUCAUUUUUCUUAUUUGCUUUUUUUCCCCUCUGCUUUUUGCUUAUGAUUGUACCGCAGUUGUUUGUAUCGUCAAAUGGUGGCGCCGGGGCUCUUAUCUGAGUGGCAGCUGGCUGGGGCGUAUAAGGGAGG